UAUACUCACGUUUAAUAUAACUUAAUGUACACUUAUUAUUUUUUUAGACUUAACAAAGUAAAGGAUAAAUGGAUAAUGAAAGAAGAUACACAACAAUGUCAGUCAGAACAAUCUUAUAAGAUGAUAGUAUCUGGUAAAAAAUUUCGUCAACUCAUACCAGUCUGUUGUUUUACGACAAGUAUAUUUUUAUGGUUAUUCUAUCUUAUAGGAUUUUAUAACUGUUUAUAUUUUAUUCAUUACAAUUAUUGGCGAAAAAUAAUACAUAAUUGGCUUUAUCAAUUACAAAGUUUCUAUUUAUUAAAUUUAAAUAAAUCACCUAAUGAAAUCUUGCAAAUAUCAUCAUUAAAAACUUAUCAUCUACUAGAUGAUGGUGAGAAUUCAUUUUUGAUCAUUGAUAUUAUUCAAAAUAUGUUUGAAUGUUGUGGAAUUGAUAAAGGGUAUAUGGAUUGGGUAUCUAAUCAUAUGAAAAGACCAUAUUUGUAUACUUAUCAAAAUUUGAUGAGAAAUACAAAUGAUUCCCAUGAAACAAAUUAUUCCAUUGAAAUAUUAACGAAUAGAAGUGUACCAUUUAGUUGUUAUAAAAGAACCAAGUAUAGUUUAGACAAAAACAAUAUAUUACUUACUAAUCGUACUAAUAUUAGUUCAGUUAAUGAUAAUGAAUUAUUUCAUAAUAAAGGAUGUGUUGAACCAAUUUUAUACUUUCUUACAUCGAAAUGGAUGAAAUUACAAAUGUUAUGCCUACUAAUAAUUAUACUCACAAUGAUUCCUCAAAUAAUCGUGAUGUUGGCAAAUAUUCAAAUGGAAGAAUUAUGGAAAGAAAUAAAAACAUUAAUAAAUAAAGUAAUGAACACUACAAAGAAUGGUAUAGUGAAAUUUAUAGAAAUAACAAAAACUGGAGUAUCUCAAUUAAAAAAACUAUUUCUUGUACAUAUUCUCAACAUAAAAAGUUGUGAAGGUUACUUUGAGAAAUUAUUAGAAUCAGAUGAAAAAUUUUACUGCGAACAAUUAACCAGACAUGAAUCAGAUGUCGUUUAUCAAGAAAUAAAACUCAUUGAAACUACACUUCAAAAAUCUCCAUCGAUAUUAAACCCAAAUUCUAAUCAAGAACAACAAGAACAAAAACAACAACAGAGUCAACAGAUAAAACAACCAACUAGACCAGGACAAAAACGAAAAUAUUAUCAGCUAACGAAUCAACAAGAAGAACAACGACAACAACAAAAACACCGGCAGUACUCAGUAAAAUAUGGUUCACAUGGAAAGUCGAUUAUAUUUACAAAUUUAAAUAAAAUUCCUGUAAAUAAAUUACAUAAAUCAUAUGUACAUAUAAGAUCUAAUGGAAAAUUAGCUAAAGUUAAUCCACACUUAAAUGAACGACCAAUAUGGAAAUAUACUUAUAAAGUAUAA